AUGGAGGAAAUCGCCGGGAAGAUACAGAUCUUGCCCCCAGACCUGCUCCGAGAGAUCAGCAAAGGGUCGCUGGUAAGAUAUGUGAACGAGUGCAAUGAUGCCCGUAAAGUGAGCCAACUAUGGCAAAGCUUGUUGAUGACAUUCUCGACGGCUUCUCUGUCCAAUGAUCAUACGACGGCGGCGUGUAAUGCCGUGAGUGCGUUUCUGGAUGCUGCAUCUGCUUCCGAGAACGAAGAGACACAGCAGCUUGCGUUCUCAGGUCAGACAUGGCUCGCUGUCUUCCAGGUCUAUCUGGACCGCUUCGAGUACACAAAGCCCAAGCCUAUGAGACAAGUACUGAUUUCCUUGGUGACAAUUCUGGCUAAAAAUCAGGACUCACAGGAGAAGAACGCUCUCCGGUCCCGAAUUGGGGAUGCGGUCUUGCCUGGUGUUAUCCUGAGCGAACAGCGGUCCCGCCUCAAGGGCUCACUGGUUUCUCUAGAUGUUUUUAUCCGCAAGACAGCUGUCACAGUAUCUGACCUGGUUGACAUGACUGCAACUUGGCUUCUGAAUAACUAUGAGCGAUUCUUGGCCUUGUGCGUGGACGACUGCAAAGCCCUGUCGAUUACACCUGCGCAAUUUGCCCAGGCCGAUAUGCAGAAUCAGGAGUAUGUAGCGUCGCUGAGAGAGAUCGCCGCCAAAGUCUUUGUCUUGAGCCUCCUGAAGCAAGUUCAAAACAAGGAACUUGCCUCUGUAUCGGGUUCUGUGUUGGCUACCUUUGUGGAGAGGAUGAAAUAUGAACUUGAGUCCCAGCAGGUAUCUCCUGAAGAAUCGCAGCAAUGGUCAGCAAUUUGGGCUGCUCCGUUCAAACAUAUUUCCCUUCGAAAUCUAGAUAAUCUAGAGACAAUAGCCAACAAUGUGUUCGAGCCGUUGUUUACCGCAGACCCUUCUGGGUUCAAAGUGUUCAUCAACCAGCUGCCUGUGAAGAGCCUACUCGCCGGUGAUAUGACCGACGCGCCACUAGCCGAAUACAUGGUUCUUUUUGCGGCUCUACAAGUCGGGAAGAAGCUUGGACUUGUCCAUGAAGACCAUUACUUUACAAAUUCUGCGUCUAAGAAGACCGCAGAUGAGGUUGUGGUUCUGAACAGCGAGAUUAUCGGUCAAUUUCUUCUUCACCGCGAGUCUAGCAUUCGUAUUGCGACUCUCGCUCUUCUGAUUACUACUUUCUCAACAACGAAGCCUGUCAGCGCCGCUGCAAUGCGUGUUAUCAUGAAGGGCCUGCCAAGUAUGCAUGCGGAGUCUGAUGCGUAUUCAAGAGGCGAAGUGGUCAGUCUGACGCGCAAACUCAUUGUUCGACUCAAGAGUGGUGUCACAGACGAUCAAAAGUCAACCCUGGCAACCACGACCGAUUCGACUCAGCAAGCCAAGACGGACUCGAACUCUCUGUAUUUCCAGAGGAGCGAUACAGCGACAAGAGCUUAUCUUGGAGCGUACAUUGAUUUCCUGAAGGCAGACCUGCAGUCAACUGCUUCCUACCAGCGCCAUAUCACCGCUCUCAAAGCAUUGGGCCUCGUCCUUGAGUCUGGUCUUGACACUCGUGUUGUUAGAACGCAAUCUGCAAAGCCAGAUCCUGCCCAAGUCAAAUGGAAACUCCACAUGGAGGUAGUCGACUCCAGUUUGCUUCGAUUGCUGGUGGACCUGCUUCUUGACCCAUUCGAAGAAGUGCGAGCAACGUCACUGAACAUCAUUAAACUGUUUCCCCGCGAUAUUCUAUUGACUGGACUGGCAAGUUCCGCGGAAUCGAAACCCAACGUUGGGGUACAUUUGAUUGAUGCUCUUUCAAGAGCAGAGCAACUAGCAAGCAAUACUAGCAGAGCAGAUCAUGCAGAUACUGUGGCUCGCCUUUACCACCUUUUGUUCUCUGUGGCCGCCACAGGACAGGCUACUGCCACUAGUAGGCAGUGGUGGGAAACCAAGAUUGGCAUUGUCGACGCAAUUUUGAAAAAGUUGGAGGAGAAAUUGUCUCUUCCCGGCGGGCUCUUUAGCUCCGCCAUGCGCAAUGCGCCCCUCCAUGGCUAUGUCUCUGCUUUGAGGUACAUCAUCCUGACACCUAAAUUUUACCAACUCAUCUCAGAUGAACCUGGCAAAGAUUUUGGGCCUUGGAGAACCAUUCACACGAGAAUUUCAAAGAUAUGUGACCAGAUAUGGCUAGAGGUCAGACCAGUACUAUGCAUAGAUUCGCCUGAAGGUCAUACGGAUGAGCCAGCAGAGGAUAUGGAUGUUGGACCUAAAGAUAUCCUCUCCUACUCGUGGCGUGCCCUGCGAGAAUCAAGUCUGCUUCUUCAUUCUACUCUUGCAAACACAACAUAUGGCCCCCGUGGGGACGACGGUCUCAAACGAGCCGAUUACGAAAAAAUAGGCACAGCAAGCUUCAUUCAGUUGGCAGAGCUUCGCCACCGAGGUGCAUUCACAACUGUGUCUCAAACAUUUGCUACCUGUUGCCAGCGAUGUAGCCAGUCCAAUGACCCAAGCAUCUCCUCCCUGCCCCAGGGAUGGUAUCAAGAGGCAAAGAAAAUCAUUUUUGAGACGGCUUCAAAGCUUACUCGCCGUUCAGCUGGUAUCCCUGCUCUUGUGACUGGAGUCCUGUCCUCGACACUUCGGGGACCUUUGUUCCAACAGGUCAUUACGGAACUCCUCGAAAUCACCGGCCUGCUAGCAGAACAGUCAGAAACAACCCAGGAUAUGGAAUUGCCCCAGGUGCAUGCGAUGAACUGUCUCAAGGACAUCUUCACAAACAACAAACUUGGUCCUCGUACUGAAGCAUAUGUCAUGCCAGCCCUCACGCUAUCUGCAGAACGUAUGGGUUCGCCUAUCUGGAAUUUACGUAACUCUGGCUUGAUGCUUUUCCGCGCUCUCCUGACAAGAAUGUAUCGUGAUAUCCCUGGAGCUCGUUUGGGUUUCGGUGGUGAGUCGGGCUCGGAACCGGGUGCUAGAGUGUCAUUCCAUAAGUACCCUGGCCUCAUGCAGCUUGUGUCCGACCUCCUCGCUCCGGAGGGGUUGAACAAGGUCAUUGAGGCAGGCAGCAUCGACAUGGUCACCGAGAGAGUUUUCCCUGCCCUCGAACUUGUUGGCGAGAAGAUUCCAAUGCUCUCUGACAACGACGAUACGACCCUUCGUGACCUGGUACUGCAUUGGAUUAACAGCCCCGUCUGGGGAAUCAGGGAGCAUGCAGCUCGUGUAUACGCUUCUCUGCUCAAUCGUUCAGAUAUCCUCCAGGAACUGCAGAAGUUGAUCGAUUUCGAGAGCCAACAAACCUCACAAAAUCUUCUUCACGGCAAAGCUAUGUGCAUUAGAUAUGCUUUGCGACGCUUCCAAUACACUCCGCAACCGUAUUGGAAUGGACAUAUCGAUGAGAUUGUCUCUCUUCUUCGGCGAGCGUUUUCUCUUUUGUUCCCUUCUUCUCGUUCGCCGUUUGUGGCCAGUGCUCUGAUGGAGACGCUGAAUGACACGGUGGAACAAAGUGUCCGGAAUGGCCAAGAAGGUCGAAUGGCUACUUUUCUCGAGGAGGUAUUUGAGAAUCAUGAUCUCUACGAUAUUUUGGAUUAUCUCCUGAAUACAAACGAGCCGUCUUGGAAAUCUUCGAGCACAACCCGUGCUAGCUCAUUACUCCGAAGAACACUCGCAUGGGCUGCUGUUCUUAAAAUGAUGUUGCGUGGUAGAGAGUCGGACUUGACUCUAUUCCUCCAAGCCCUUUCGUCUUUUGAUCCCAAUGCUGCGCGAUGGAUACUGGAGGAGCUGGACGGGCUUUUCGGAGAAAAAGAAGCCUACAGGGUGAACCUGCUCAACAUUUACACCUCGAUUCUUUUGGGAGAUCACUUGGAGAUCGUCAGAACGAGUGCCACUGCAAAUCUAGCAUCGAUACUUGAGCGCCUUCUUGAUUAUCGCCACGACAAUCUGAAAGGGAUCAACCUUCCCUGGGAUGCUCUGAGCGAGCGAUUCCGGUCAGCAGAAGAAACCGAAAAUUGGAAUCGAGAAAUGAGUGAUGCAGGACUGCGGCUUCAGGGCUGCUUACUGGCAGUCAAGGCGAGCUUGAGCCAGUGGCAGGCGCUGCCUGACUUUGGAUCAGCGCUCCGCAGCUGGACAACAAAGCUGCGAUUUGCUCUUCAGGAAGAAACCGAAUUUACAACCAGGCUGGCAGCCGUCAAGUCUCUAGGCACCUUUGGACGGAUUCUACGCCCUCUCGGUAGCCCAGCUCGGACCGACCCUGUAUUCCUCGACGUCUACUUGAUCCUGUACGACAUGUUGAACGAUGACGACGAAGAACUCCGCGAUAUCUCCGCCGCUACCGCUUCGUGGGCGUUGUCUUAUUCAAGCGUUUCGCCUUCCAAGGCCGUGGCUCUGGCACCCUUGAAUGCUAGUGGCCUUCUUGCCGAGUUUAUCGCAAGGAGCUAUUCAGACUCGCCGCUGCUUUCUCAACGGAUCUUCAACUACGCCUGCGGACAAGGACCCAGAAUUAGCGACUGUUCUGGUGCACCAAAACUGGUUCCAGUAUCCGAUCUCUUCUCGGAGCUGCGAAAGGAGAGCACAGUGCUGUUCGUGGAGGAAAAACAAAACCUCUUCAUUGACGACGUUCGGGAACUCGGCCUGUGGUCUCAAAAGCUCAGCAUCCUGACGGAAAGCUCCUACCAGGAAGGGCUCGUGAAGAGCCUCUCACAGUGGGUAUCUGAUGGACUGGGCUAUAUUGCCGACUUGAGUACCGAGGAAACAGGGAAGGAUGGCCUGUUAGGCUGGGCCUCCAAGCCUGAAACUUUCACUCUUGGCUUGAGAGUGUUUAGCCUGGCUACUGCCUUCACGUCAGACAGUUUUGCUGGGCGGCAGUAUCUGGGUCAAGAUCGGGAGGUUCUUCGUCGUCGCCUCCAGACACUCCAAGAGACUGGGCAGGCAGCAUACCUUCAUCACGAAUGGCUUUCAAUGAUCCAAAAAGCAUUAGAAUAA